GUUUAGCCUAGUCGUAAGCCGGUAGUACCAAUUGAGGCGUUGGUUCCAGGCACGAUUCGGCGUCUUCGAUAGCCCCCCUCGUAGUAUGGCUCAGACAGUAAUUUAUAGAGAAUUAGAUUUUGCGAUACUAACUUCGUGCGGUGGGCAGCUUGUCCAUUCGUCCGUCGCUUACCUUGCAUAGAGCAAACACGUAUCGGCCUCAUCAAGUUACGCAAACAUAGGCUCGUCCUAAUGCACUCGACAAUCUGAGCGUGAUGGCGGUGGAGGGGAGAACUGCUUGCACGGCCCAUUUUAGCCCAGCAGCCACGCCUCACUUCCGGCCUUACCGCUGCCAAGUCCGAUGUGGCAGCACCACUAUCAAGUGUGGUCUCGUUGACCUGCCCUGCAACGCGAGCCUUGGGAUUGUCGCAGCUCGGCCUUUUUCCCUCAGCAUUGCACCCUGUCGGCGUUUGACACGAUGGGCAACUAUUAGAGUUGCCCCUCACUCCUCGAACAACACGACCCAUGGCAGCAGCAACUCAGGCGACAGCGGCGCUUUGGAUGUGGGCCCCAGCUGCACAAGCGGCAGCAGUAGCAGCAGCAACCACUACCACAACCACAAUGCUGACGUGCCCCCGCACGCAACGAACCCCCAAUCGGCAGACUUCGAUGCCGCUCUUUACCUCCAGGAAACAGCCGCGAUGGCGGAGGGUUCCUACUGGCAGGCUGGAAUACCACAACCUUUACAAAGCCAGCACCUGCACUCUCAGCCGGGCAUCAUCGGGACGGCCUCGUACGACAGCCUGCAGCAGAUCAGCGGCUCCAACCCUGACGGGGGCAACACCAGCAGCGCUGGCACGGACCCCAGCACCAGCGAAAGCAGCGUUUCGGCUUACCUAGACCCAGACUGGCUGUUGUGGUGCAACGAGGCUGAGGCUGAGGCGCUCAGGAACCCCGGCAGAGGACGCAACGGCAGUCGUUCCAUCUUCCAGAGCGCUGAGUUGUUUGGUGGGAAUAGUAGAGGCAGCAGCAGUUCUAACAGAAGGAGAAGGAAAAGCGGGAAGGAAUGGGGUGCUAAGGACAGCAACAGAUCUAGCCAGGACGGCGACUGGGGCGCUGCUAGUGGGAGCGACAGCAUCUUCCAUCAGCGUCAAGCGCAGCAGCCUCUCAAUGAAGAACGCCUUCACAGCGGCUUCGAAGAAGAGGAUUGGGCGGAUAUCCCAUUGGAGCUGGGAGACUGGGCGAUCCCGCUGACCCACGGGUCAGAGCAGUCCUUGCCGCCCAGUAGCACCAGGAGUCAGCAGGAAACCAGUCACAGCAGCACUACCGCGGGGCACAGGAAAACCGGCAACAGUAGCGACCAUGGGCUUUGGGAUGUAGAGGAUGAGCCGCUGUCCGCCUACUUCGGCCUGUUAUUCGACGGCACGGAUGAAGAGAAAGAGGAGGCUGGAGAAGAGGACGGAAACGCGGACGAGGGCGCUGCGUCCUUGGGCAUGUGGGGUCCCAAGAUUGACUCCAUGGGUGGCUGGGGCGGAGGGUACAUGGAUGAGGAGGCUGCCGGCGCUGCUGCUGCGGGCCUCACACCGGCUGAAGGCGGCAGUCACAGCAUGGGUUCAGGCAGCAAGGGUACCCGUGACCGGGGCUUGGGCAAUGACUGGAGAGCAUGGCCGGGGACAGGCGGUGGAGGGGGCGCAGGAUUUGACGACUAUGGACGGGUGUCAGAGAGUAUCAGCGAUCACCGGAUGAGCAGCAGCAGUAACAGCGACGGCAGCAGUAGCAACAGUGGAGGUAGCAGAGGCGAAGGCGACAGUGUGGGGAAUGCAUGGUAUGCGGGUCUGCUUGCAUCAACGAGCGGGGCAGCUGGAGCCGCCGGGGGCGGUAACCCCGGGGCGGCAAAGGAGGCACGCAAGCCGACAGAAAAGGAGAUUCGGCGGGCGAUGGCCGCCGCAAGCGCUCGGAUUGUCCGCAAGGGUGUUCAGGUGGAGGUCCCGCUUCCGCCGCUGCAACACACUGCGGACCCACCUGCCGCGAAUACUACUGGCGAUGCUGCUGCGGCUCGAAAGGCGGGCGCGCCAGCCGGAGUCGCAAGCUUUACGGCAGCAGCUGCGAGUGAGAACGGCACUACCACUACCUGGGAUGCCGUACACCUGCUGUACAACUUUGGCCCCACGUAUAAGCUGCUUGAAAAGAACGCGAGGGUGAAGGUCGUACCGCUGCCGGAGGAGUUAUUGAGCCUAGCUUCCCACGACGUGGUUCAUGAGGUUGAUGACAUUUUCCCUGGGUACGGCUACGGACACGGCAACAGCAACGGCGGCCGUGAGAAGGGUGGAGCCAGCAGCAGGACGAGCAGCAGCGAUGAGCGGUUGCCGGGCUGUACGGCAUACACACUCUCUGAUGGUUUCGAGGCCUUGCUCGUACAGGACGUCCGCUCGCUGGUCCCGGCCAUCUCCUGGCUGCGUGCCUCCCUGUCGCCCGACUUGGUGCUGGGCAUUGACACCGAGUGGCCGCCCGUCUUCAAGCCGGGAACCACCAGCUCGCUGGCGCUGAUGCAGCUGGCCUCGCCCUCCCGCGCACUGCUGCUGCACACCGCCCAGAUGAGGCGCUCGGCAACCGCCCCGGGCGGCCCUCUGCACAGGCUGCUGUCAGAUCCCACCCUCACCUGGGUGGCGUGUGGAUGGAGCAGCGGCGACCGGGGGGGCAUGGAGCGGGCCUUUGGCGGAACCCUGCCCAACAUGCAGGUGUUGGACGUGCAGGCUGCGGCGGGUGCGGCUGGCUGGCCGCGACUGGGUCUGGCGAGUCUGGUUCGCGACGUGCUGGGAGUUGAGGAGUUCAGCAAGUCACGGAACACUUGCAUGACGAACUGGGCGAAGGGCGAGAUGUCAGAAGCUAAGGUCCGCUACGCAGUUCUGGACGCGCUCCUACCGCCGCUGCUGCUGCGGCAGCUGAGGCUCUUCGCCGCGCUGCCUGGACUGCGGUGCUGCUUUUGCAAGCAGCCUUUCCAUGCCCCAGCGGGCAUGCAGCAGCUUCCUCCGCCGCCCCUGGUCAAGCCACCCACGGGGCUUCCCCAGCCAUCCGAUAACCCCUCAGCAUCACAGCAACAGCAACAGCAACCGCCCCAGGAGCAGCAACAGCAGCAGCAACAGGAUCCCCAGAAGCCGGCGCUCAGUUGCGACCAUUGCGGCAGGACCUUUUGGAGCGCCCAAGCAGCAGGCAGGCGCCGCAGGGGUGCUGCGGCCAGGCACGCAUCGGCCGCGCACACCUCAGUGCUCCCAGCGGCCGGGACGAUGACGGAUGAAGGCAUCAGUGCCGAAGGAGUUGCGUGCACACCCGGGAGAACGUACUUGUUCAACGGCUUGCUGCUGCCACGCCAGCAGCGGAAGUGGCUGUUCCCGCCGCCGGGUGCAUCGCAGCUCAGUGGCGGAGACGAAGGAGAGGGAGGCGCUGGUGCUGCGGGGAAGAGCCGUGCUGCGAGGGCCCGAUCAAGCAGCAGCCGCAGCAGCUCCGAAACAAGCCCAGCUACGACAACUGGCGUGCAGCAGGGACCAGCUGAUGUGACUGCAGGUUUGCCGCAUGAGGGCAAGCAAAAGGGUUCGAACAAAAGCAGCAAGGGGAAUAGCAAGGGGGCUACCAAGGCGAGCAGCAAGGGCAAUAGCAGUGGCGUUGGCAAGCAGUCCACUCGCAAGAAUACGAGCAAAGCCGUGGCUCGUGCAUCUUCGGGGCCAGGUGGCUCUACUCGACAGAAAGGUUUAUGGGAGGUCUUCGGGAGGUUCUGAAGGUAUUGUUGGGAACCUCCAGAGGAUCUGGGGAUCGCUGUAAGAUGCAGUUUAUACAUGGGAGGGAUGCCUGACGGGCCAUACCGGUAGGAAGCUGCGCCCUGCCGCAGCCUUGCUUUUACGGUAUUGCACACAGAAGUAUCCCGUUUGACAGGCGUCUUCCGGCAGCUCUACACUGGGUACAUUUCCAGUAGCUGGAAUGUCCAGGUCUUGUAUCGUUCUUGUAGAAUCACUCAAGCAGCGACCCGGCGCCGCGGGCAAAGACGCGUGGGCAUGCCCACCGUCAGGUAACCAACCAGGACGCAGUUAACGAUGUGCACUUACAAGUCAGUCCCCAGGGUGCUUAGACUGGAUUGCGGCGUAUAGCUGUCAGGACCUGUUCUACGCAGAUGCUAGUAUUAUGCAUACGAGCUCAUGCUGCCCAAGAAGCCCAUGGUACGCAUCCCAAACGAGAAACUUGUACUGCUAAACGAGACAUCCGUCGGUCGUGUACCGGUAUGCCGUCGACGCCUACUAAACUAAUACUAAUACUAAUGCUUCUUAAUAGUCAGUUCGUGCAGCUUUGUAAUCCUCAGAUGAUAAAUGUGGGUCAGAAUAAAGAAGCACCUCCUGACGUAUACGUAAAGGUUCCUAACCGUACAUGGCUUACGAACAACGGAAAAGCAAGCGUGAGCCUUACAACGUGGCUCGCUUUACAACAAAUUGUCAUCUCCGUUUUCUUAAUAGGGUGUUGCUAAAGAAGGACUCCAUUUUCUUAGGCUCAUCGGUUUGGAUUGCCUCUUUUAUCACGUUGAUUGCCGCGAUGUAGGAGAUACGCGUGACUGACGCUUUCUAGAAGACACAAUAGAUUUGCUGCUUUUCAUAUCCAGCCGCAAACUGGCGUCCUCUUGUGGAGAUGAGCAGGGAGUCAAGCACGCCAGGGACUCCGGGCCUUUCCCGGCGGAGCCGUUAUGAAGCCCUAAUUUCCAAGUAUGAGGCCGCGGCUGAGGUCGUUCGCACCAACGCGGAUACGGAUGUCCAGCUUGCGCCGCAGGACAACCCCAUUGCCGAGGAGGAAGGCCCCCUACCGUACCAGCACUCGCACCCGCAUCGCCAUGGCGGCUCCUCCCACCACGAACACGAGGUGGAUGGCGGCCUCCUCGCGGACACCGAGGCACCAGCCGGGGAGUCCUCCUCCCACCACCCUCGGCCCAGCCAGAUGUCCUUGGGCGGUGCACCCUCCAUCGGAGCUGCUGCGCCCCUCUCGCCGGCGCUGCCCCGCCGCGGCAGCGCCGCAGUCCUGCUUGGAUCCGGUGUUGGCGGCGGCUGCGGAGGUAGCAACCAUGGCAGCGUGAUGGGCGGCGCUAUGUUUGAUGAUGGGGACUUGGAGGCAGGCGGCAGGGCGAUGAUGCUUGGCAUGGGCAUGGGCAGCCCAGGCGGCGGAGGGGCAGGCGAAGUGGAGGCGGCAGGCGGCGAGCAGGCCAGCAUAGGCAGCAUCGCCGCCGGCAUCGGCGGCGCACUGGGUGGCUUGGCGUCGCUCGCAGGACUGCACUUGGGAGGGGGAGGAGGCGGGGGUGCUGGUGGGGGCGGAGGCGGCGCAGGGCCCUUUACGGCAGCGGCCGCGGCGGCAGCUGCUGCAGCGGCGGGCGAGCCGGAGACGUCCGUCCGGCCGCCUCGGAAGCACCGCGCCGAGAAGCCUAAGAAGGUGCCGCUGCUGUCGAGCAACUGGCUGAAGAUUGACUACACGGGUCUGGAUACGAUUAUCAGGGUGGACAGGCACAAGCUCAUGCACAAGCUGGGUGUGCAGGCUCGCGACCUGCGGCUGCUAGACCUCACCUCCAUCACCCCGCCAGCAAUUCUGGGCCGAGACAAGGCCAUCAUCGUCAACCUGUGGCACAUCAGGGCCAUCAUUACGCUGGACUACUGCCUGGUGGUGGCGCCCGAGGACACCGCCGACCCGCACGAGCGCAGCCUGGUGGCGGCCUUCGUGGCGGAGCUCAAGGCAAAGCUGGCUGCCGACCACAACCUCAAGUCCGGCAGGGGCGGCGGUGAGGAGGGCCCCGGGGGCACGGGGGGGCGCUCCUACGUGGGGCUGGCGAGGGGCAGCGCGGGGUACGGCUCGCUGCACCUGCCCUUCGAGCUCAAGGUGCUGGAGGUGUGCCUGGACAUGACCGCUGCCCAGUUGGACGAGGCCACCAAGAUGCUGGAGGCGGACGCCUACCCCAACCUGGACGACCUCACACGAAAGGUGACGGCGGUCAAGCUGGAGCGGGCUCGCCGCAUCAAGAACCGGCUGGUGCGGCUGACCAAGAGCGUGCAGUCGGUGCGGGAGAUCCUGGAGCGCCUGCUAAACGACGACGGCGACAUGCACCGGCUGCACCUGACGGGCGCGGAGCUGUCGCGGCAGGUGUCCAUGCGGCCCUCCGACCUGGGGAGGCUGUCAGCGGGGCUGCCCCCUAGCGAGGUUGACUCCGACAGCUCCUCCUCCCACUCCUCCAAUUCCUCCAUCGACGAGGCGGAGACGGCUGCAGUGGAGAUGUUGCUGGAGGCGUACUUCAUGCUGGUGGACCAGGCAUACAACCGAUUGCUGACCGUUGACGAGUACAUCAAGGACACGGAGGACCUCGUGACCAUCCAGCUGGACCAGCACCGAAACCAGCUCAUCACCAUUGACCUCAUGCUCACAGCCCUGAACACCACAUUUGGCGUGCUCACGGUCGUGGGUGGCUACUUUGGAAUGAAUUUGAACAGUGGGCUGCAGGAGAAGGCGGGUUUGUUCAAUGCCGUGGUGCUGACAUCGACCCUUGGGUCGCUUGGGUUGUUGGGCUUGUUCAUUGUGUGGCUGCACAGGCAGAAGCUGUUGUAUACCUGACGGAUAGCGAACGAAACUGAGAGUGAGAGGCGAGGAGGGAGAGGUGAGGAGUGAGGGGUGAUGAAGCAGGGGGUGAUGAGGCAAGGGGGGUGACGGGUGCUUGUGAUACCGAUAUGUAGUAUUGGAGGACGUUGGUUGCCUAUGCAUGUCUUCCCGGCAUAUUUUGGGGCCGUGGUAGCUGUAGACACCACUAUGCAUGUAGCAGGGUGUUUCUAACUUUUUGUUGAGCUGUGUCCGGCUUGUUGUGCGGGGAAGGGGUGGGUAAUGCAUGGAGUCGUGCUCAGAAAGAUGGCGAACACAUGGGUAUGUCUGUGACAUGCUGCAAUUUCAAUGAUUUGCAUAACUUGGACAAGCGCAGCUGGUGUUGCAGUCGUAAAUAUUAAUGUGACCUGGAACAGGGAGUCUGGAGCGACAUUAAUUUCAAAGGGUGUAGAGACAUUGUCUUUGGGGGUUGUACAUACCAUGUCCGCAUGCUUAGGGAAUUUGGGUAACUUCCAGUGCCUUUCCUAAGGGGAGCAGAUCAAGAUCGUUUGCCAGGUCGUCAGGUAGCCUGAAGGAAGCAUUGGACGGGGGCGUUUCCUGUAGUGCGCACGACAAGUUUCCCCACCCAGGGUAUGCUCCUGACCUGUCAUAUGCAUGGCUGGCUGCCCUUGUGUCAGGGGCUUGAGAUGAGGGCCCUUGUUAAGUCGCGAUGUUCUCUUCUUAUGCAUUAACCGGCAAGGGAUUGCCAUACUGGCCGAUGCUUCGGAGAGCAUUUACGGGUUGAACUUUUGCACAAGCACGAGGUCAUGAUGGGAUUCAGGAAAACUUAGGCAGAGUAAUACUAAACUGCCCAAAUUGUUCAUCCAUACAAUGCCACGCUGAUCAGCGCAUCAUAAAUAGUUGGUUGGCCUUCGGAAAGGGUCAGAUGCGGAGCCGACUGCAGUGCGAUGUAACUGAUGGUAACUCAAAA